AUGUCUGCUCUUAAAUCAACCACUGUUGCUCAGUACUUCCAACGGGCUCUGGAGGAUCAGCAUUCCAGGCCUGUCCUAGCUUUCCCCAAAAACCCCGAAGGCUUCUCGGAUUUCAAGCGAUACACGCUUUCGGAACUCAAGAGCUUGGCGGACGCAGCGGCGGCGUGGUACAUCGCAAAUGGAAUACAAGUCCGCAAGCAUGGUCAGAGACCGCUGGUGGUGGCGCUCUGCACUCGGGGCGACAUUGACUGGAUGGCCGCCUACUUCUCCUUGUUGAGAAUGGGACAUACAGUGUUUGUCAUUUCACCACGCCUACCGGACAGUACCGUCUCAACCUUGGCCGAAAAGGGGAAGAUAGAUUACGUCGUGUGCGAUCGGACCAUCGACGCAUUGGCACAUCGAACCGUUCAAACUUUCACCACAGGUCGUCCGCAGGAGUGCCCAGCAAUUACCUACAGAGAUUUGAUAUGCGACCCAUCCGUCAUCGACGCUGGCAAGGACAUCGCGUGGAUUGCCCACAGUUCUGGUUCCACAGGUGUCCCAAAGCUCUUUCCAACAACCCAGACUAGUGGUGUAAGUGAGCUCGGUCUGAUGCGUACAACGUUCAUGCCAAAGAAGACUGACUGGGUGUCUUCUGCACCUUACAAUGUGCUGGGCAUGAGGUUGACUAUGUUCUGCCUGCCUAAGGAAGAGGGUGGAAUGACUUUCUUCGACAAUGACCGGGUACCCUUUACGGCUGAGACGCUUGCGGAGCUGCUGGUGGACGCCAAACCGAACAACAUCUGGGCCACGCCCUACGCUUUGGAGCUCAUCGGCGCUACCAGUGACGGUCUACGUAUGCUUAAAAGUGCGGACAACGUGAAGAUAUUCGGCUCGGUUCUGCCAAAGAGUAUCGGCGAUCGACUGGCGCGAUCUGGAGUGUUCUUCGGCAGCGAGUACGGUAUGUCAGAAGGAGGCAUGCUUAUGACGUCCAGUCGCCGCCCUCGCGAUGAUUUGGACUGGGAUUACAUGGCGGUCAUCCCAUCGCUGAUGCCAGACCUGGUGUGGUUCAAACCGGUUGACGCAGCAGAGGAUUCAGCUGGUCACGAGCAGCUGUGCGAAGUUGUCGUCCGUAACGGAGCUCCCCACGUCCUUGAAGAUGUAAAGGACGCCAACGGCGACUUUUAUACCGGGGAUCUCGCCCUGAAGCAUCCCACCAAGGAGAAUAGAUGGCGAAUUGUUGGCCGGAAAGACGAUCAGAUCAAGUGCUACCAGAACGACCGACAAGUGAUUGUCAAUGCUUACGAAUAUGAGCAUACAAUCAAAUGCAACAACGAAGAUAUCCUGGAAGAUGUCGUUCUGUUCGGUCAGGGUAAGAACCGUUUGGGCGUCUUGAUCUUUGCGGAGAACGCAGUCGGACAAGGUCGGAACUGGCUACUGGAUAGGGUGUGGGCAACUGUUGAAAAUGAUAUCAACAAAAACUUGAAGGUGCCGCUUCAGAAGGACAUGAUCAAGAUCAUUGCAGGGCCUGCAGACUUGCCGAGGACGACGAAGCUCAAUCUCAUUAGGCCGCAGGUCUAUAUGAGGUAUCAGUCGUUGAUUGAUGAGGCGUAUGCCAGCGAUUCGCAGAGCUUCAACUUCGCCGCCUUCAUCGGGAGAUUCGCUGCAAGUCUGUCACAUCGAGAUUCGGUCAACAUGCCGUCAUUGCUGGACAUGCCAAUUGAAGUUCGCUUUCUUGUCUAUGAGCAUCUUUUCAUGGGCGCAAAAAUUGCAUACAUUCCCGCGCAACCUCACAACCUGCGCCGUGGGAAAGAGCGAAGUCAACGUCGAUGGUACUGGGAUGAAGCAGCUGAGGAUCACCGGAUGGGCUUGAAAGGGGUCGAGGUCUUGUUGGCAUCGAAGCUAUGCCGCGCGGAGGCCCUCCAGAUGCUCCAAAUUCAUGCCAAUAUCAAUCUCACCCAAGUCGGGAAUCUCUCUCGGCGUUGGGCGACAAAGGAGUUUGCAAGUAUUCUCAACCGCGUCCGGUAUGUCUCGAUCAGAUCGUACGAGCAUAAGCUGCGUGGCUUCAACUCCUUCUUUAGACUGCUCACGAACCUCGAAUAUGUUUCUCUGUACCGUCACCACAUCAUUCAUCUCAUCAAGGGGUACACCGACUACCGGUACCGGGGCCCGGCUCUUGAGCAAGAUGGAAGUCUAACGCAAACGCUGUGCGGUGCGAUUAUCGCAGCUACUUCCGCCUGGAUCGAGAGAAACCGCGACUCGAUCUUGCCUCACUUGAUCUCACGUUGGGACCUCCAGGGUCGGACAUUCGCCAUCGAUUGUGCCACAUCCUGGGGUUAUGCGAUUGGUAAUCUACACAGCUUGCGUCGCUUCCAGGUACGUCUUGUGGUCCGAGCAUCUCCUGGUGUAUCAAACCACGACAAUCUUCCAGAUACGCCUAUCUCAGUGGAAGUCUAUUGGGAGCACGAAGGCUCGCAGCAAACACAGAUGCUUCAUAGCACGCUGGGCGAGGUGCUUGGGAUACCGGAGCGCGGCAUGAGAGAGCAUACAGAGUCGCAGCGCGUUCUACGCCACGCGAUAAAAGGAGCCUGCCCCACGCCCACGAUCACUCGGGCGCUUGCUAUUCUCUCACAAUCGCCUUACACAUUCUCAUUCGAACGUACCGCACAUCAUGCCUCAAGCUUCGACCGGUGCAAAGAGCGACCGGCUUCCAUCGACGAGAUCCUGAACGGCCUUAACAGAUACAACCCAGAGACGACGACGACGUUUCAAGAAUACGUGAGCCAGCAGUGUGAAGAAAAAUUCUUCGACGUCUAUGCCUGCCUCGCACUGUUGAAACUCUACCAAUUCAAUCCUCACCUCCUACAUCCCGAGACAGCGACCAACAUCCUCGUCAAAGCCCUCACAGUCUUUCCCUCGCCAGCCUUCUCAUUAUGCCUGGCACUACUACCCGCAUCGUCGAUUCCCUUCGGUUCUGACAUCGCCUCAAUACCCACAACCGACCUGACUGAGUCGAUCCAGAAACUCACAAAGUUGAAUACUUUGCUGGAGUCAGCGCAGUACGAUGCUUUCUGGUCAACACUAGAAUCAGAUGAUCUUUACGCCGAUCUGUACGCAGAUGUCGCGGGCUUCGAGGACCUGGUCCGCAUCAGAAUCGCAGGCGAAGUCGGAAAGACGUUCAGGGAGAUCGAUCUGGGUGUCUUGAGCGGCUGGCUUAAUCUGCGAUCAGACGCGCUGGUAAAGUUCUGUCACACGGCGUGUGGCUGGCAAGUAUCUGGCCAAGAGGUCUCGAUACCGGCAAAUGCGGAGAACGAAGCGAAGAGCGAGAUCAAGGGCGAGCGCGUGGAGGUUGAUAUGUUUGGGAGAGUAUUCCGUCGCGGCUACGAGGCACCUGCAUGA